UUCCUAGUUCUAAGUUAAUUAUAGUUUGGUGCCACUUCUUUUUCCUAACAUUUUAAUAUUAUGACAGAUAUGCGCCAGCAGUUCUUCUUCUCCGCCAUUUUGAUGUCUUCCGGAACUUGGUUUCUCAAAUGGGCUCACCUCUUGAUCAAGUUGGUGUCAGCUCUGAAGUUGCAUCCGUUAUUAAGGAAUAUACAGAGCCAGUUUCUGAAGAGGAAAUAAUUUAUUGUGAAAAAAAUUCUGAUGGCGAUUCACAAAUGAAGGCUGCUGAAUCAAUAAGCAGGCAUCCUCUGCUGUUAGUUGCAGCUUCUGACAGUUCUGAAGGUCUGCCACCAACUAUUAGACGGUGCUUCACUCAUGAGAUCAGUAUGGGGCCUCUGACUGAAGAACAAAGGGCUGAAAUGCUGUCCCAGACACUUCAUCAUGUUUCAGGACUGCUUCCUAAUUCUUCUAUGUCUAAAUCUGCACUGAUGGGUAACUCUGCAUGGCGGGAGUUGGUCAUUAAGAUUACACCAGAAUCUAAGAACAUGACUUGUUUGAAAUGUUAA